GUAAAAGGAGAGAAUCAAGCAAAACCCAAACAUGGACAAGCUCUCCCAAACCCUAAUUCCAGUCCUUUCCUCCAUAGCCUUGCUCCUUGCUACCACGGCGCGGUCGCAGACGACCUCCUUCCAAUAUGAUUUCAACGGCGGCCCUCAGCCAAGUGACCUAGUCUACCAAGGCGACGCCCACUUCCCAUCCGACUCCACCUACCUCCGCCUGACCAAAACCGACAACAAUGGCAACGCAUUAGCGUCCAGCGUCGGCCGAGCCGUGUAUUCGAAGCCGAUCACAUUGUGGGAAGCCGGAGCGCAGGUCGACCUCGAAACAAUCGUAGAAUUCAUCAUCCAUCCCAAGAGCGGCGACUCAAACCCCGCCGAUGGCCUCACCUUCUUCAUCCAGCCCUUCGGCUCCCCAAUCGGAGACGUCGGCACCGCCUUCGGAGUCUUCGACAAAUCCGGCCUAAAUCAGUCCGUCUUCGCCGUGGAAUUCGACAUCUACCCCAACUCCGGAUUGGAUCCCAGCUAUCGCCAUGUCGGGAUUGACAUUGGAUCGCAAGUUUCCAAAAACACUACCGAUGUGGAAAACGCGAUUCUGGGGCAGGUGGUGACCGCCCGCAUCGACUACGAGGAAGCUACCAAGCUCAUCAGCGUUCACGUCACGGCGGGCUCAAAGACUUAUGAGGUGAGCCAUGUGUACGACUUGAGCACCAUUCUCCCUCAGCAGGUUCAGGUCGGUAUAUCCGCCUCCACCGGAGCCGAAGUCGCCGUUCACGACCUCAUAUCGUGGUACUUCACUUCGACUCUUGUGCAUACCGGUGCCAACAUUCGCCAGUAUGUGUCCAAGGACUAGCGAGUGAGUGUGUUCUCGUUGAGUCCCAUUAAUAUGUGUGUAUGUUAUUACUAUGUAUGUGUGUCGCGAAUAAGCUAGCUACCUUUAAGCUACAUAGAUUGAGUGUGUUCUCGUUGAGUCCCAUUAAUAUGUGUGUAUGUUAUUACUAUGUUAUGUAUGUGUGUCGCGAAUAAGCUAGCUACCCUUAAGCUAUGAAUAAUGUAGGUUUUGUUGGUA